GCCCCGCCCCCGCCUGCCGCGCCGCCAUCUUUGUUGGGGGCAGCUGGGCCUAGUGGCGGAGAUGCCCAAGUCCUGCGCAGCCCGGCUGUGCUGUAACCGAUAUGGAAAUUGUAGGAAACAGCUCACCUUCCACCGGUUCCCGUUCAGCCGCCCCGAGCUGCUGAAAGAAUGGGUGCUCAACAUCGGCCGGGCCAACUUCAAGCCCAAAAAGCACACGGUCAUCUGCUCCGAGCACUUCAGCCCGGAGUGCUUCAGCGCCUUCGGGAACCGCAAGAACCUGAAACACAACGCCGUGCCCACGGUGUUUGCCUUCCAGGACCCCACGCAGGCCUCUGUCUUGCAGCUGGUGAGGGAGAACACGGACCCUGGGGGCGAGAGCAGCGAGCCCAGCCUCCAGAAGGGAAAGGUCCUCCCUGAGGCCGGGUCCGCGGAGCACGGCGGCGGGAGGAACAUGGGCACCGCGCUGGAGGAGCUGCAGCUGCCCCCGAACGCCGGAGGCCCCCGGAGCCCGGUCUGGCCGCAGAGACCGGACGCACCUGGCCGAGCGGCCGGCCCCGCGGGGCUGAGGCGGCCUCUCCCCAGGCAGCCAUCUGACCACAGCUACGCCCUCUUGGACUUAGAUGCCCUGAAAAAAAAGCUCUUCCUCACCCUGAAGGAAAACGAGAAGCUGCGGAGGCGCUUGAAGGCCCAGCGGCUGGUGAUGCGGCGCAUGCGCAGCCGGCUGCGUGCACCCAGGGCCGGGCGGCGGGGGCCGCGACCCGGAGCGCAGCCGGAGCAGCGGAGCUGAGCCCACGGGGCGCCAGGACGAGGCGGCGCCAGGCCAGGCCAGGCCGUUCCCGUCUGCUGCUGCGAGGGCAGCGCCGCGGCACGCCGGCAGGUGCACGUCCACCGUCCCCCGGCCGCAGCUGUCGGGUAGGGGCGAGGACCAGGCCCAGGCUGGCUUCUGUACCGCCAUCCUCUGGCACCCGCUGCUUGGGCGUCGGUGGACCCAGGGCCCGGGUCUUACAGGUUCUCCCUGCGGGCCAGCGACACGCUGCGCUCCGGACUCCCCAUGGUGGGUGGCCAGCGUGGACGGCCGAGAGCUGGCCCCAUUCCUUUUAAGGCCGAUCAUUUACUUGAAAGGCAGAGUUGCAGAGUGCACGGCCACGCACUGGUUCAUUCCCCAAAUGGCGCCAGCAGCCUGGAAUUCCAUCCGGGUCUCCCAUGUGGGUGCUGCUUUCCCAGCUGGGACUUGCACCGCACCCAGAGGGAUGCCGGCGGCGGCUUGGCCAGCCGUGCCGCAGCGCUGGGCCCAGGCAGCCCUGGUCUGCAGGCGGCGCGGGAACGCGUCAGCCUGCGCUGUAGCUCCCCGCGCCCCCGUGUAAUCCUCCCGCCGGUCCCACGGCUGCCGAUGCGCCAUGGGCCUCGUUUCCAGGGAGAGGCAGCAGGCUCGGCCACCUCUGACUACUGCGUAAGGACCGAGACUUCAGUGAAUUAAAGAACAAAACCUGCAGUGCGAUUCA